AGGGAGGGGGCGGAGCCAGGGCUGGAGUGUGCAGCUAGUGCGCAUAAAGAUCCUCCUGCUCAGAGCCUCGAGCACACAAGUGUCUGCCCUGGUCUCCCAGUGCAGGCUCCGCGAUGUCCUCGACAGCUCGGACUGUGGGCCGGCCGGCCACCGUGCUGGGCGCCAUGGAGAUGGGCUGGCGCAUGGACCGGGCAUCCAGCGAGACCUGCAUGCAAGCCUUCCUGGAGCGCGGCUACCGCGAGGUGGACACGGCCUACGUAUACGGCGACGGCCAGUCCGAGAGCUUCUUGGGCAGCAUGAACCUGGGGCUAAAGGACGGCAGCAAAGGAGUGAAAAUUGCCACCAAGGCCAAUCCCUUGGAUGGGAAGACUCUCAGUGCCACCAGUGUGCGGUUCCAGUUGGAGGAGUCCCUGAAGCGGCUGCAGUGCCCCCGAGUGGAUCUGUUCUACCUGCAUAUGCCAGACCAUGACACCCCCCUGGAGGAGACCCUUGGGGCCUGCAAUGAGCUACACAAGGAGGGUAAGUUUCUAGAGCUGGGCCUCUCUAACUACUCCUCCUGGAGAGUAGCUGAAAUCUGCACCCUCUGCAAGAAAAAUGGCUGGGUCGUCCCCACUGUGUACCAGGGCAUGUAUAAUGCCAUCACCAGGCAAGUGGAGACGGAGCUGUUCCCCUGCCUACGUCACUUUGGAAUCCGGUUCUACGCCUUCAACCCUUUGGCUGGUGGUCUCCUGACUGGCAAAUACAAGUAUGAAGACAAGGACAAAAAACAGCCAACAGGCCGAUUCUUCGGAAAGAAUUUAUCUGAGAUCUACCGGAAGCGCUACUGGAAGGAACAUCACUUUCAAGGCAUUGCUCUUGUGGAGAAAGCCCUGGCAGCAUCUUAUGGGGCCAACCCUCCCAGCAUGACUUCAGCAGCCCUCAGAUGGAUGUACCAUCACUCCCAGCUCCAGGGUGCCCUUGGAGAUGCUGUUAUCCUGGGCAUGACCAGCCUGCAGCAGCUGCAGCAGAACCUGGCAGCAGCAGAGGAGGGCCCACUGGAGCCUGAGGUGGUGAAGGCCUUUGAUGAGGCCUGGAACCUCAUCGCCUACGAAUGUCCCAGCUACUUCCGCUAGCUCCAGCCCUGAGGGUGGAGAGAGGUCCCCUCAUUGAUCCUGGCUGUCCCCAUGCUGCCAGCCCCAUCAGCCAGCCUUUGUCUUGACCUGCAGCAGCCUGAGCUCAGUCUUUCAGAUUGUCCUUCUUCUCUGAAUCCUUGGUUUUCUAGCCUGCUUCCUGGAGGUGAGACCUCUGGCCUUCUGCCCUGUUGUUCUUACUGUUGGGAAGGGUGAGGCCCGGGGCUAGCUUUGUCCUAUCUUGUUGGAAUAAAAGCCAGUUUUGCACAAGAGA